CUUAGUGUUCCUGAGGAAGCUGGGCUUGGGGGUUUUGCUCAGACCUUUGGUCUGAUUUUCUGUACAGUUUUAGGGUCACAUCCACAAGAAUGUUCCCUGGGAUGGGCAUUUCUGGGUUGUAAAUGCUAAUGGAAUGGAUCCAGCUGGGGUUUGCAGGAAGAUAACCUUGCUUAAGAGACUGCUCAGGGAGGAUGGCUGUGGUUUUGAUUUGGAGGGGACGUGCCCACAUCACAUCCCUCAGCAGGUUGCCCUGCUGUGAGCCAGAGUGGCUUUGGUCAUUCUCCUGCCCCACAGCACUGGGAUGUUGCUGUUAGGGCAGCACUGGGCUGAAGUCUUGGCCUCAGCUGGCUUGGUCUCCCUUCAGGGCUGCUGGAGGUGGCUGUGCCAGCCCAGCUGGAGCAAACCUGGGCCAUCCUCCCUGUCCACACUGCCACCAGUACUGUGCUUCCUCCAUCGUGGCUCAGGCAUCAGCUGUGUCAGGGACACUGAAUGCCUGCCUGUAAGGCAGGAGAAAAAUUUAUGUUCUAAGAAACAAUGCCAGCCAAAAAUUGCCAACCUUCCCUUGUGUGUUUUUAUAGGAGGAUGCUCUUGGAACCAGAAGUAAAUGGCUUUUAAGCACCAGCACCUAUGGACUCAUGAUUGAUUGGGCUGUAUGUUUUUGUUUAGGUUCCUAAAAUAGACUUUUGGGAUUGGAAAUGCCUAGUGAGGCACAAAAUGAGGCAGUGAAAGCUGCACUAUUGAUGUUGCUGGCAGGAGAGGCUGGAGCUGCAGUAAGCAACCCGUUUAUCCACACCAGAAAACAAGAGAAACCACCACAAGGGAAGGCUUUGGUACAUCUCCAAAAGCCUUCCCUUGAAGGGAGGAUGGGAUUUGGUGGUUGACAGUCAAGGACAAAGCUCAGCCUCACAACCCCGCUUGGAGCCAGCUCUGGGUGCAGAGAUCAAACCCUCCAAGGAUGCCCAAGCACAGGGAGACUGAUCACAGACUCUCCUGUCACGGGGUGCAGUGGGAGCUGUGUGAAGAGAGGGGGUCAUGCUUGCAGGUGAGUCUAGAAGGAAAUUAAGCAUACUUGAAGUAUCCCCACCAAUCUGGGCUUCCCCACCACCCAUUUCUUAAGAAUCCUUAACUUUUUGUUGAAGUACUACACUGGUUAAAAAACCCAAACCAUCCCCAGCAAAGCACCACCAAAACCCCAAAGCCCAGGACUGGACAGAACUCCUGGGUGUCUGGCAUUUGUGGCAGUGUUGGUUGAUUGCUCCUGGUGUGCUCAGCCAGGCCCUUGUUCCUGAGAGGGGCUCGGGGAGGGCCCCAAGGCUGCCCCACCACUCACCCCACCGAGCUCUCGGGUCCCUGCUGGUUCCUGGGCUGGAGCCCCAGCAGAGCCCAGCCAGACUCCAGCCUGCCCUGCACUGGGAGUGCCAGCCACCACUGAGCCUGCUGCUGAGAGCCCAGCUCAGGUGUUCCUUUUGACAGGGCUGCUGGAAGGCAGUGGAAUGCCAGCAUGAGACUGGGACAGCCUGGAAUAACUAAGGGAUAGAAAACUGCUUAGAAAUACAACCAACUGAAGCAAUGGUCACAGAGCUGUAAAGCAGGGACCAAUCUAAGCCUACUGAAAUGACAUUAAGGAGCAUUUCUUGCUCCCUCACCAGUUUUCUGAGGAGUUAAUGCAGCAGGAAGGAAGAAAUGCUCCAUUUCUUCAGCCCUAUUUUAUCCUUCAGUGCAACAGCAGUUGGCUGAAUGAACAAGAUAUUUAAAAGCUGGUAAAUGAGAAGCAGUGUCAGUUAUUAGCCAUGGGAGAAAUUUUAAAUCAGCAUCUGUAAUGCCUAAAUAUGAGCUGAUUUAUUGGCCUUGUUCACAUUGAAAAGCUACAAUAGCUUUUUAUAUAUAUUAAUAGGGUUGAUAUUUGCUAACUGUGAAGUGCAUCACAAUAAAGAGGAGGGAAAGGCAGAGAAGCUGUGGCUGCCCCAUACCUGAGGAUGCUCAAGGCCAGGUUGAAAGGGGCUUGACGCAGCCUGCUCUAGAGUCCCUGCCCAAGGCAGAGGGGGUGGAAUUAGUCGCUGUGGGGUUUGGUCACUGCAUUAGCAGCAUUAUGAUAAUUUUCAUCUUUGCCAAUAAUUUCUAUAGCAAUGCUAGUAAAGCAGGGAGCUGAGGAGCAGUGAUGUGCUGCUGUAUGAAGAGUUAGUGCCCCUCUUCCCCCGGCUCUGCCCUCCUGCAGCCCCUGGCUGUCCCAGGGCAUGGGUGCCCUCUCCUCCGUGCGGCCCGGCUGGUUCCCCGCGGGUUCCUGUGAAGGGGAAGUGUUGCUCCCCUCUCGGCAGCUCGGCCCAACAGGUCCCGCCUUCGCCCUGACUCGUUAAUGAUUGAAUGAAAGGCGGCGGGGCUGCCCCGGGAUCGCGCAGCUCGGCCGGACCUGCGGCGAGGCAGCACCGCCCUGGCCAUGGCUGUGAACGAGACCUGUGACUAUUUUCUGACAAACAGAAUACUGGAAAAGUACUAUCUCUCCACCAUGUACAGCCUUGAGUUCAUUAUAGGGGCCAUUGGAAACACCAUCGUGGUGUUUGGCUAUGUUUUCUGCCUGAAAAAAUGGAAAAGCGGCAACAUCUACCUGUUCAAUUUAUCCAUAUCAGAUUUGCUAUUUCUGUGCACUCUGCCAAUACUGGUGAACAGCUACUCCAAGGAUCAGUGGGCAAAGGAGAGCAUCCUGUGCCACAGCAACAGAUUCCUGCUGCACGCCAACCUGUACAGCAGCAUCCUCUUCCUCACCGUUAUCAGCGCUGACCGGUACAUGCUGAUGAAGCACCCCUUCAGGGACCACAUCCUGCAGAAGAGGAGCACAGCUGUUCUGGUGUCCCUUGCCAUAUGGAUCGGGGUGAUCCUGGAGCUGCUGCCACUGUUGCAUUUCCUGGAGCCUCUAACAGCUGCCAAUAACUACAAGUGUCUUGAUUACGCCAGCUCUGGAGACCCCGUGAGAAACCUCAUCUACAGCGCGUUCCUGACUGUCUUCGGCUUCCUCAUCCCUCUCCUGACCAUGUGCUGCUUCUACGUGAAGAUGGUUCGUUUUCUCCAAGGCAGGAGCGAGCAGAUCCGCUCUGCCCUGACCCUGGAGAAGCCCCUGACCCUGGUGAUCCUCACUGUGGUGAUCUUCUCCCUGCUCUUCACUCCCUACCACGUCAUGCGCAACAUCCGGAUCGCCUCCCGAAUUCCAGCCCUGAACGUCUCCGAGUGCACACAGGGAGUCAUCAGCACCAUUUACAUCAUCACGAGACCCUUUGCCUUUCUAAAUAGUGCCAUUAAUCCCGUUUUUUAUUUCCUGAUGGGUGACCACUUCAGAGAGAUGCUGAUGGCCAAAACAAGACAGCUCCUGGGCAGGCUGGCAACCACUGGGAAGUGAAUGAGUAAGCUCACCCCUUGUAGUGGGAGAGGUCUGGGAGGAGCUCUCUUAGGGAGAGCAUUCAGCAAUGUGCCAUUUUUUAGAUAACUUUAUUUAUGCAGAAUAGAAUAGGUAUGAGCUGAUUGUGUUCCUCUAAAUGCACCUGUUACCUUAUUGUACAGGAGACUUCUGCUGAGCUGCCUCCAGCAAGCCAGGAGGAAUGCUCUGCUCGCUCCCAGCAGGACAGCAGUGGGAUACCCCACAGCCCAUUAAUACUGUCACCAAAAGGCCAUCAAGCCAGCUCUCUGAGGGAAAGCACGCUGCUCCCAGACAGCUGCUUUGUGAGCCAUGACGUGGGCCUGGGCUGGGACAGAACGUGCCCUCGCACGUCCCCAGGACAGCCACGUGGGCACUCACACAGCCACUUACCCGGGUAGGGAGUUACCUAUCCUCAUUAUAACCAUCUCUCAGUGCCCGUGGAAUCUAUAGCCUGAAGCAGAAUUCAGACCUCAGAGUUCAAACUUCAUUAGCAGUGGUACUAAUGAGCCAGGAGCUAAUGAGGAGCCAGUCCCUGCCUGAUCCCUGCAGGAUCGAUCAGCAGCACAAGUUUCUCUCCAGUGGACUGACCUGACUUCAAAUAGAAGGGGAAAAAUCAAUGGAGCAACGAGCUCCUGUGAGCUUGGGCUGGCCCAGGGCUGCAGGGUGUGGGCAGCCCCCUCCCCUGCCCUCCUGCAGGCCCCAGCCCCAGGGACUCCCUAGCACAGGGAACGGCUCAGGUCUCACCCAGCUCAGCCUGGGGUCUGCUCUUGAUGUGUCAGACACCUGCAAUGUGCUUCACUGUGCUGGUGGCACCAGCCCCCAGAGAAUAAACUGCUUAAAAAGCUAGGAGAA